CAAAACGUCAAAGUCGUCUGACGUGUUUAAUUUUCUAAUUUCCCAAUAGUUUUUGAAAACGUUUGUGAAACAUUGCUUACGUUUGUUUUAUCAAUACAUCGAUUCGAUAAGCCAUUAUCGCUCAUAUGUCCACGUAGCGAGUCUACCUAAACAGAUUAAAAAAAAUGCUGCGUGUAAUAUUUUUCGCUGCGAUGCUGCAGUGUACGAUAUCACAACAAUAUCAACAGAAAGUAGCUCCGGGCGUUCCUCCGCAGAAUUAUCAGAACUACCAACAACCGCCACCACCGCCGCCUCCACAGCAUCAACCGCCGCCGCAACAACAGUACCAACAACAACAACAGUAUCAGCCACCCCCUCAACAACAGUACCAGCAGCCGGUACAACAGCAAGUGCCUGUACAACAGGUGCCCGUACAACAACAACAGCAACACGGCCACGCACACCACGGUGAUCCACAACUAUUGAACACGGCGAACAUAGCACAGGAAAGAGACCAUAUCCAGGAGCACAUGGAGGUGCCCAUAGACACAUCCAAAAUGUCCGAGCAAGAACUACAGUUCCACUACUUCAAAAUGCACGAUGCCGACAACAAUAACAAGCUGGACGGAUGCGAACUGAUCAAGUCGCUCAUACAUUGGCAUGAGCAAGGCCACAAACAGACACCGCAACCCGGCAACCCACCUGUCGGCGAGAAGAUAUUCGCCGACGACGAGCUCAUAAACCUCAUAGAUCCCAUUCUAAACAUGGACGAUCAUAACAAAGAUGGUUACAUUGAUUAUCCGGAAUUUAUUAGAGCGCAACAAAAGAGCCAGAACAAAGACGGCAGAACGUAGGACAUUCCUUAGCCUCGCCAAUAGAAUACGGACUUUUUUGAAGAUUUAAAAAACGAAAAGUGCUGUCUGUAUAAAGUGCGGUACAUGAAAAAAAAUUUUUUUUGAACAAAUUAUAUGAAAUAUAUAAUGCACUUUAUUAGUUCACGAUAAGGUUCAAUUUGGAAUGUCGAUAAUAUAUUGAUUUCAAAAUGACGACCCCAUUAUUAGAAGCUUUUUUUUUUAGUUGAAAUGUAAUUUCUUUAUGGGAAUACUCUAAUAUAUAUAUAUAUAUAUAUAUAUAUAUAUAUAUAUAUAUAUAUAUAUAUAUAUACAUAUAUAUACAUAUAUAUAUAUUGUUCUAUAAGUAUAGACAACUGAUUUUUUUAAAUUUUUAAUUAAACCUGUUUUUUAAUCAAAUUAAAAAAAAAGUAUUUUAAUGAGAUUCAAUUUUUUAUUAUUAUUUUACAACACUUUUCUAUUUUUAAACUAUAAAAAAUGCUAAUUUCUAUAACGUGCAAGAAAAAUAAUACGUACAAUAAGAGAAAAACUUUGUAUUUUCUCUUUCACAUUAUAUUAGUUUACUCUUCUAUGGAAUACUGGCGGUUAUAUGCCGUAGCGUAGUAUGAUACCGUGCGAUUGUACCGUCACGAUAUAAUCGAAGAGGAAAAUGUAUGCAAUUGUAUGAAAAGUUUUUAAGUUACUAUGUACGUCCACGAUAUCGUCGCGCUAUAUUAAACGUAUUUCUAUAGAGCUGCGUGCAGUGCUUUUCUUUUAUAUCGUAACGGUACAAUCGUAAGAUAUCGUGUAUAUCGAUAAUGUAAACUGGAGCUAGUUAUGCAGAAACCAGCCACGUUACCCCGGAUAAUAAUAUUAUAUUUAAGAUGUAUUUAAAAAUAUUUUUAAAUAUUGUUAUGUAUUUUCAAUUCAAACAUAUAUUUCUGCAUAUUUAAAAACUUCGCUCGAAUCCUAAAUAUCAAAAAUGUAGAGUAGUCAUCAAAUUAUUUUGAAAUGAGCACAGUGUGCUCAAACUUGCUUCUAUAUGAAACUUAUAAAACAAAAUUAAAUUCUAUACUACCGAAAUAUCAAAAUCUUACUCUAGUUUCGAUUUUUAAUUGCUUUUUAAAAGUAUUUCAUAUUUAAAUGUCAAAAUUAUUCUAGUAUAACGUUCGACGAAGUAGUAACGUUCGAUAUAUAUAUCGAUAUUGAAGUUCGAAUCAGAUUGUUUCGAUAUUAAAGUAUAUCUGAAGUUAGACACAGAGCCCACCUAAACCUGAUAUUAAUUUUGUAGUCAUUACAAUUGCGCGGGAAUUUGUAGCCAAUGUACAUCGAUAUAAAGUUGUAGAUUGAUGUCAAUUAUAUCUAAUCCCUUGACUGAGGCAUUACGCCAAGUUGACAUCUGUCAUUUGACAGAUGAGCGGUGACAACCGUUUCCUAUACAAAACGCUCAAAUAAUGUAAAUUGGACUCUUUUUCCGCGCUUUGCCUCUCAUUUGGGCCGUUGUGCGUAACGCUCAACUAUGUUAACAGAGAUUUAAAAGAGUAACUGUUGAGUUUCUUUCGGGCUCUUCUCAACAAUCAGGACCCUGCAGUAGAUUAAAAAAAAGGACGAUUUAAAAAUGCUUGUAAACAAGUCUAUUUUAAUAAAAGUAAUUUGAAUUUGGAAAUAUCUAUGUCAUCUAUUUUAACUUCUAUGGUUGGUUGCAUGAUAUUAUGAAUAGAGUGCAACUAUUUGUAAAAUGCGGAUUUUUUUUACUACCCUCCCAAUCUAUGGAGGAUUUGAAGAAGAAGGGUCAAAAGCAUAGAAGUGUCACUUCUAUGCAGUCUGUUUUUUCUUACGGCUUUAAAAUCGUUAUGGAAUCGAGCCCACAGGUCUUUCAUAGAAUUGUCAGUAUCAUAACAAUAUUUUUGAAUGUUCUUAUUUAGAAAUUGCACUUAAUUACAUCAGCUUAGGGGUCCAUUUUGUAAAUCAACAAACUUUGUCAUUUAAAAUUGGACCUUAUUACAAUGGGACCUAAGUUCAAUUUUAUACGAACACUUCGUUGUAUUUAAUCUAUAGAUAGGUCUUGUCAAUUCACUGAAAUAUAUUUUGAAAUGUUUAUAUUGAAAGGAAAGUGCCAAUAUUUAAUUUGUCGCAAAUGUUUAUAAAAAUGUAACAGUUGGAUUCACAUUACAUACCUAUAUAUAUUAAAUAUGCCCCCAAAAUGACCACUUUUCUUUGAAAUCUGAAAUCUUAACUGAAAAUUCCCUGUAACUACUUAUUUAACAAAAAUACUAUUAAAAAUAUUUUACUUUAUUUAUAUUCUAAAUAUAAUAUUUAUCAAAUCAGUUUGCAUGGUCUAUAGAAGAUUUUGUUUAUUCAAAAUAAUAUAGAUAUCGAUUAGGUUAGUAAAUAGAAUCGAUACAAUUAAUUAAAUCAGUCGUAUCGAUAUAAAGGUUCUAUAAAAAAAAAAAACUACUUACUGUUCAAAAAUGUUUAAAUUUACUCGAAUAAAGAAUAUUUAUAUUAUAUACUACGACCUAUGAAAUAUAAUUGAUUAGAAUAUGUCAUGGUAAAACUAAAUCAUGUAUAAUCGAUUGUAUCGUAUCGAUAUAUUCGUAAUGUAAUAGUAUUAUAUUGAUCGAUCUUUGUAUAUGCACAUUCUGUAUAAAUACUCCCUGUGUACAUCUCUUGUGUGCACAAUAAAGAGUUUAUUAUUAUUAUUAUCUUAAUCAAUUAUAAUCGAUUUAAUGUUUGAUCGAUUGUAUCGUAUUCAUGAUUACCCAAUAAAAUAUCAGAUUAUUUGUGUCUAAAAAUAAUGAAUAUCGAUCGAUUAUUAUUCUAUGCAAUAUAUUGUCUAUCAAAUAAAUAAAUUAAUUUGGCGGUAAAUCAUUAAUGUGAAAUCAACUGUUAUUUAUAUAUAUAAAAAAAAAUAUUCUACGUAUAAAUUAGUAAUUAUGGCGUAAAUUUACAGGGUACAGAGGAAUAACACCCGAGUACUCAGGAAUGGCAACGCAUGGGGGGUAUCGUGGGCGAAACAGUAUACUCUGUUAUGUCCACGGUACUGCUCGUGUCUAUAGGCGACGGUUACCACUUUCCAUCAGGUGGGCCGUCAGCUUGUUUGCCAUUCUAAGUUGUAUAAAAAAAAAAAAUUACAUAUUUAGCGUCAUUUUCUAAUAUAUUUCUGCAUAUUUUCCACUAGAUAAGUGUUUUAAAUACUUAAUGGUAAUAUUUUUGUGUAAUGUAUAUUUUUAUCUGUGGCAUGAAUAAGAGUGUAUUUUUUUAAUAUGUAAUAAAAAAAAUCGGCUGUUUAGCUUUGCACCUUUGCCGUUCCCGUCGAGUGUAAACUAUAAUUACUGACAAUACAUAAAUAUAUGUAUUAUAAAUAAACUCAAUCUUGAAGUAUUUUUAGUUUAUUAAUAUUGUUUUUUUUUUGUGCUCAAAUAAUGUGCUUCCACAGAGUAAAGAGUAUUUUGAUCUUGUAUCAAAAUAAUUAUUUUUUCUCGUAAGUAUUACACUGUUUACCUCCACUAUGCAUUUCUUUUUUUUUUUUAUUGUAUUAUUCUUUUUUUUUUAUAACAUCAUGAGCGCAGUAUAUGAAUUUUAGAUAACGUAGAUAAUGGUAAUGAUAAAAAAAGUCACAAAUUUAAAUUUGACAGAUGCGUUUUGUUUUUACAUCUAAUAAAAAACAAAUUAAAAAGUAUACUUAUGAAAAGUUAUUUAACUAUUACAUGUACAUUUGGAAUUUAUAUACGAAUAUAUAUAUAUAACUAAUCAAGUAUACUUAAGUAAUAAUAAAAAAAAAUAUUCUGACAUUCAAAAUUGCUUUUAUGACAGUUUUCUCUGCCUACCACGAAACGGAUAUGGCGUGAAGAUGUUAAGAUUAAAAAAAAAAUGUAAGCUAUUUCAUCGAAAUAUUUGUGGAAAGAGACUAGAUCUAGAUUUUAAAUCUAGAAUAAUUUUUUAUUUAUAAAUAUCGAAUUUAGAAUUUUUAUACGGCUAAAAAGCCCAAUUAAAGAUAUUUAUUAAAUAAAUAUUCUUGCUAGGAGUAAAAAAAGUCUCAGACACCAAGAAAAGUCUAUGCACAAGGGACUUAAGUCUUUUCUUGUGAGUAUAAAUUAUUGAAUGGUGUCUACAUUGGUUUUUUUUUUUUGUAUAUAUCUCUUCCUGGAGAAAUAUUAAUUUAUAAGAAAUUGUCUGUAUAUAUUGUACAUUAGUUUUUCGUAUAUUUCAGGUCAGUCAUUGUUUAUUUGUGGGAACUGUGGGUAGUUUACAUUCUUUUUUCAGACAAUAACACCAUAUAAUUCUUAAUUGUUUAAUUUAAAAAUAGUUUUCAUUAUAAAAUUAAAUUUCUGUUAGCGCUAAUAAGAAUGCAUAGUUUCAAUUAAGUAUCCAUAUAGAGAAAUAUGGCUGAAUGUGAUUAGUUCUUUGGUUACGAAAAAAAAAAAAUUGGCGCCAAUAAUGACUGCUUGUAUUUUUGUAUUUUUUUUUUGUUCCAAUGUUUGUUAUGCUUUCGAAAUAUAGAUAUUUGAAUUGUUUACAUUUGUAAGAGUUUACAUAUGUAAAAAAAAACAUAAAAUCUUACUGUUUUAGAGUUAUAAUUACUUAUUUAACUAUGUUUAUUUUUCAUCUCGAAUUUUGUUUUUAAUUUUUUUACAUUGGUGGUUUAUAUAUUAAUAUAAAAUAGUUACGGUUGUAAAAAGAUAUUUAUUAUCUUCAAUAAUUUUAUUACAAUGACAAAUUAGAGUUAUCGACUAUGCCUGUGCUGUAUCUUUUUUACCGCCAAUGGAAAUUAAAAAAGAAAGUUGUCUAUGGUCACAGUUUAUUUUUAAGACAUGCAUUGACUUUUUUUCUUUAUUAUUUCUGUUCCACGGUUGUGUCGUAAUGUUACAAGAUGAGAGUGACUGUUGGGAAUUAAUAAAUUUCUACAAAAUAA